AUGUCUUGCAAAGCCGCAACCAAGGACAAGAAGUCAAGCUUCAGCAAGAAGCUGUUCAGGCGAGGCUCUGUGCGCUCAGUGGGAAGCUUCAUGAGCAGAGUCCUGAGGACACUGACAGCCUUAUCUCACUUUGGAUCUGAAGUGCAAACCGAGGAUGACAAAGAUGACGGGGGAUUUUCCACGUUUAAAUCUGGAAAUAAGGAUGUGCCCAUGGAUGAUGGGGACCUCCUGUCCGGGGAGAGAGUUCCUGGAGUGUCUGGUCUGAAAAACCACGGGAACACCUGCUUCAUGAAUGCGAUUCUGCAGUGCCUGAGUAACACUGAACUCUUUGCUGAGUACCUCGUUUUGGAGCAUUAUAAGGACGAUGAGCUUAAUGAGGACAAACCAAAGACGAAUGGUGUGCUUCUGCAGAAGAAAGGUCCCCUGGCUAAAGGAGAGGUUACAGAGCAACUGUCAGGACUUGUGCGGGCUUUAUGGACAUUUGAGUACACCCCCCAACAUAGCAGGGAUUUUAAGAACGCUGUGUCAAAAAAUGCCACUCAGUUUAAAGGGAAUGCUCAACAUGACGCUCAAGAGUUUCUUCUGUGGCUGCUGGACAGAGUACACGAGGACCUCAACACAGUCAACCCCAACAGCAGACCUGCUAUAAAGCCACCUAUUGAGGAAGAUGACCAAAGCAUAGAGGGGCCGUCUCCUCCCCUCUCAGCUGGGUCGUUUGUACAAGAACUGUUUCAGGCUCAGUACAGGUCUUCUCUCACCUGCCCACAUUGCCAAAAGCAGAGCAAUACGUUUGACCCCUUCCUUUGCAUCUCCUUACCCAUCCCACUACCACACACACGGCCCCUGUAUGUAACCGUGGUCUACCAGGGGAAGUACUCUCACUGUAUGAGGAUUGGCGUUGCUGUGCCCCUCAACAGCACCGUCUACCGCCUCAGAGAUGCUGUGUCACGUGAGACCAAGAUCCCAAUGGACCAGUUUGUUUUGACUGAAAUGUACUAUGACGGCUUUCAUCGGUCAUUUUGCGAUGAUGAUGACGAUCUUGACAUCAUUCAAGAGAGCGAUUCCAUCUUUGCCUUUGAGACACCAGAGACUUUUAAACUGGAAAACAUACGCACAAAAAGAGGAAGUCUUCUGGCAAACCUAAAUCAUAACAACUUGAAGUAUGGGACAGAAAUCAGCAGGACUCCAUCUUUCAUGCAGGGAGCCAUGACUCCUGUAUCUGCAUCACCCAAUAAAAACCUGGGACCAGAGAAAGUUAUCCUUUUGGUGUGUAACAGAGCUUGUUCUGGCCACCAAGGAAAGAGGUUUGGCCUUCCUUUUGUACUGUACAUGGAGCGCACUGUGACCUGGGAUGCUCUUCAGAAAGAGAUCCUGGAGAAAAUGCGUCAUCUUUUGAGGCCUGGGGUCUACAUUCAGGUGGGACCUUUCAGUCUUCGAGUGGUUGGUGUUGUUGGCAUCACCUACCUCCUUCCCCAAGACGAACGACCACUGUGUCACCCAACUGUUGAAAGAGCGUACAAAUCCUGUGGACAGGGGGGGCCACCACAUGUGAAGAUCGUGGUAGAGUGGGACAAAGAGACCAAGGACUAUUUGUUUGGACACACUGAGGAGGAAUACAUUCCUGACGCUGAGAGUGUGUAUCUGCACAGGGAACAACAUCAUCAGCCACAGGCAUGCACCCUGGCUCAGUGCUUUCAGCUCUACACAAAGGAGGAGCAGCUGGCCCCAGACGAUGCCUGGCGCUGUCCCCACUGCAAGCAGCUGCAGCAGGGCCGCAUUAAGCUCAGCCUGUGGACGCUGCCGGAUGUGCUGAUACUGCAUCUCAAGAGGUUCAGACAGGAGGGAGACCGGAGGGUGAAGAUGCAGAACAUGGUGAAGUUCCCACUGAUGGGCAUGGACAUGGCACCUCAUGUGGUUAAGAGAAGCCAGAGCAGCUGGAGUUUACCUUCCCACUGGUCACCAUGGAGACGGCCAUAUGGCCUGGGAAGAAACCCUGACGACUACCUGUAUGACCUGUACGCUGUGUGCAACCAUCAUGGGAAUAUGCACGGAGGCCACUACACAGCUUACUGUAAGAACUCCAUUGAUGGCCAGUGGUACUGCUUUGAUGACAGUGAGGUGUCACCAGUACCUGAUGAUGACGUAUGUCAGCAGACGGCCUACAUACUGUUUUACCAGCGCAGGACUGCUAUUCCCUCCUGGUCAGCCAAUAGCUCUGUUGCAGGUUCCACCAGCUCAUCCCUGUGUGACCACUGGAUCAACAGGCUGCCUGGUAGUAGGCCUGCUAGCUUGGCCUCUGGAGCCUCAUCAAGACGCACUUCUCUGGCUUCACUGGCUGAAUCAGUAGAGUUUCCCGGGGAACGUAGCGAAGAUGAUGGAGGAUUCUCCGUCCGCCCUUUUGUGAGGAGCAUUCAGCGUCAGAGCUUGUCCUCCAGGUCGUCCAUUGCUAGCCCUUUAGCCGGCAGCGAUAGUGGGAUGAAACCCUCUUGGUCGCUGUCUGCGAAGCUGCACAUGAGAUCCAACUCACCCUCACGUUUCUCUCUGGACUCUCGAUGUUCACCUCCUCUGGAGAGGAUAGGUGAGGCCUGUGAUGACAAAGUCUCAACAUCCUGUUUUGGCAGCUACAGUAGACAUGAACGCUACUUUGGCAGCAGGACUCCCUUGUCCAUGAUGGAGAGCAACUUGUGUGAACAGGACAACAAUAAAAGGUUUCUAGACAUGAUAUACUGUAGGGCUCCCACUCCAGUGGAAAAGAAGACCACCAAGAAUGAGCCAACUGAAAACAACAACCAGAUUACAGCUAUAGACCAAAACAUUCUCCCCACCCAAGCUACUCCCUCAAAAGAGCAGAAACGCAAGAGCAGUAUCGGAGGAUUUGCCUCAAAGGCAGAAAGCACAGGCUCCAGCAAGACAUCCAAGGUGGAGCAAGAGAAAACCUCGAAGAAACGUUUGUGCUCAACCCAUAAGGCCUCCACUUCUGAGACGUCUUCCAGUACUCCUGUGAAAGGCAAAAAGGCGAGCACUACAAAAGAAAAGAGUGCCAGUUCCAAGAAAAGCACUUUGACACCCAGUGGGACUCCCUCCAAAACAAAGGAGUCGACUCAACUUCUAGAGGCAACACCACAACAUAAGCCAUGUGUGCGCUCCACACCUCAGUCCUCAGCUUCUCCUUCUCCAACUGCAAAGAAGACCUCCAGUGUCACUGAGAAAAACUCCACGAGUAGUCGGAAAAGACUGGUAGAAAGAAGCUUCAGCAGAGAUUCUAUGCACACUAGCCCUCUGGUCGACAGUCUCAGAGGAAGCUCUAUAGCCCGAUCUACCCCAUCUAAGACUGGAGACAGCAUCCGGCCUGAGAGGAGAUCUGUUAGGAGCUCAAGCAGCAGCUCUUCUGUCACAAGCCUGCGCUCACCCAGCAUAUCCACGAGAGACCUGCAGCGUGGCAGUAAAUCUGAGGAAAAAGGGUUGUCUUUCUUUAAGAGCGCCCUACGACAAAGGGAAAGCCGCCGGUCGGCUGAUUUAGGAAAAAGCACCUUGCUUGCCAAAAAGGCAUCAGAGAGGACAUGCAAGCAGAAUGGACAAACCAAGGACAACAGUGGUGAUAACGGAAAGACAGGAGACGCUGCAUCUUCACAGACAUCUAAAGAGACUCAUGGAGGUGAGACAAAGUCCGAGACAAAGGAGUCUUCCAAGCCACCCAGCUCUCUCAGUCGCACUCUGUUACAUGUAGGCAAGUCCAAGUCUUCCACUUCUGAAGUAAGUCUUAAGUCUCCCUCAAAUGGGAAGAAGCCUCUUGAAAGGAUAGCAUCUUCCCGAAAGCUGUCAUCAAGCAUGCAAUCUCCUGCACGUUCAACACAGAGGCCUCAAUGAUAUAUCCAUAGUAAUUAUAUUAAACUUACAUAAUGCAGCUAUUUUCUUUGUGCCUAAGUUUCAGUGAGCACUACAUGUAUUUGUACAGGGACUUAUUUUUUGAUGUUAUGGUAGCACAUUGGCAUCAGAUGCAUACGGUGCCUUUUGAGAUUUGAAUAUAGGCAGCCAGCUUUGAGUGCUUUUAGCUGUACAGGAUAAAAAGCAAAGUACUGUUAGUCAUUUGGAUAUUUUGGGUGCCAAACAAUUCCCUUGGUAU